CAAGCCUUACACUAAUCUUCCCUCUGAUAAAACUGCUCACAAUUUCUAUAUCAAAAUACGAAACACAGUUUUCUGUCUUGCGAAUUUCGAUUUUCUGAAGAGUUGAAAAAAUAGAAAAAAAACACAGAGUAAUAUGCGUUCCGCUCCGGAAUUUGUUUGGAUUUUGGCCGGGAUUUUAAGCGUUCGCGGACAGAUUAUUUUACGCGACGAAGGUCAAGGGCAACAGCCUGAUAAUGGCUUUUCCGGCAAUACCGCUGUGGGUGGUGCACAGCAACCGCCAAACUGCAACUGCCAGAAUAUCGUCAGCCCAGUGUCCGGUUUCGGCCAAUCGGGCUUUCCCAUGGACAGCGGCAACGAUUAUUGCAGCAAUACCGGCGAAACGCUGACCGAUCUAUGCGAUGUGGCCAAUAAAUUAUUUUCCAGUCAGAACAUGGGACUGCGACCUUGUAGUUCCAGCAAUAAUUUCGACCAGACAUCCACCGACCAAACCGUCCCUGACUCAUCCGCCGAAUCAGCAGAAGAUCCCCGCCGUCGGAAACGCGCCCCAUCCAUCACUCGCGUUACGCAAGCCUGUUUAUCCAACGGAUCAAGCGUAUCGGUUGAUGUGGCAGAAUUAAUGCAAACAAUUGCGAAGAACACCGAACUCGGCGUGCGAUGUUUAUCGCAAUGCCCAUGCGAGAUCCACUGCCCGAUCUCGGCCAUCACGGAAACCGGGUACCCGUCCGGUUCCGGCCACACUAGCAACCCGAAUAACUACACACCCGAACUAUACACACUGCCACCGGAUGGCGGAGAGUCGGACGGCAAUAUGCCGGACCAAUCGGAAGCUGGCGAUAUGAAUACCGGCGCUUUCGGGGAAGGAAAUGGAAACCAGUUCCAGCCGGGCCAAAACCAGCUUGGUGGGAAUGGUCAAGACCCAAACAUGUUUCAGUCCGGUUCAAAUACCGACCAGUCUAAUAGCGGGACGAACUGGCCAAGCGGCAACUCUCAGUAUGGGGCAAACUCCAACAACUAUGGUGUGCCACAAAAUUCGAAUUAUAACGGACAAAAUGGGGGUUAUGGACAACAGUAUCCUGGCUCGCAGUCCGGCUACCAGAAUUAUGGAAUGCAAGGCAUGCCAAAUAACCAGAACGGUAAUUGGAAUUCCGCUCAGCCGGCUUCGCCAUACGGCAACACCGGAAACGGAGGAAUUUACGGGAAUGCAAGGCUGACCGGAAAUGCGUACACUAACACCAAUAGCUACCAAAGCAGCCAGCAGACAUAUGCCACGCUGGGCCAGAAUUCGUACUGGAUGUCGGAUGGUCGGCGUACCGGGAAUCAUGGAUUCGGCCGAUUUUCCGCGAAUAACAAUAAAUACAACUACUAAGGAAAAUUAAUAUAAAAAUUAUUUACCAAAUCUUGAUGUCUUGACUUUUGAGUACGUAUUAACUUUUGGGACGGCCGGGCGGGUAUUACGAGAAGGGUUUUUAACUUUUUCUGUGUUCCUUCCAGCUAAAUUAUAAGGAAGUAACAGGUAACUGUUUGGAACGCUACUGCGAAAUUAUUUCCAUUACAGUGUCGAAGAGAUUAAAGUGUUUG